GACGGGCACGCAUGCGCAGAGGCGCGAGCCUGCUGACAGAUUCUCGAAGGCGGCGGCGGCGGCCUUCGGCCGCAGGGAAUGGGAGUCUCAGGGCCCUGACUGAGCACCGCCCCCGCCUCCCUGCCGAGACAUGGCUCAGGAGAAGAUGGAGCUGGACCUGGAGCUGCCCGCGGGCACGGGCGCGAGCCCGGCGGAGGGCGGUGGCCCGGGCGGUGGGGGCCUGCGGAGGUCUAACAGCGCCCCCCUGAUCCACGGCCUCAGCGACUCCUCGCCGGUUUUCCAGGCCGAGGCGCCCAGCGCCAGGCGGAACAGCACGACGUUCCCGAGCCGCCACGGCCUGCUGCUCCCGGCCUCGCCGGUCCGCAUGCACAGCAGCCGCUUGCACCAGAUCAAACAGGAGGAGGGCAUGGACCUGAUCAAUCGGGAGACGGUCCACGAGCGCGAGGUGCAGACCGCAAUGCAGAUAAGCCACUCCUGGGAGGAAAGUUUCAGCCUGAGUGACAACGACGUGGAGAAAUCCGCCUCCCCAAAGCGCAUCGACUUCAUUCCGGUGUCUCCAGCACCAUCACCCACCCGGGGAAUUGGGAAGCAGUGUUUUUCGCCGUCCUUGCAAAGUUUUGUGAGUAGCAACGGAUUGCCUCCAAGCCCUAUUCCCAGCCCAACCACCCGGUUUACUACCCGGAGAAGCCAGAGUCCCAUCAACUGCAUCAGACCAAGUGUUCUUGGACCAUUGAAAAGAAAAUGUGAAAUGGAAACUGAUUAUCAGCCAAAGAGAUUUUUCCAGGGCAUCACCAACAUGUUGUCUUCUGACGUUGCACAGCUGUCAGACCCCGGGGUGUGUGUGUCCUCCGAUACACUGGAUGGAAACAGCAGCAGUGCCGGAUCUUCCUGUAACUCACCAGCGAAAGUCAGCACUACCACCGACUCUCCUGUGUCGCCUGCCCAAGCAGCCUCCCCCUUUAUUCCAGUAGAUGAACUUUCGUCGAAGUGAUUCACCAGUCUUGAGCCCCCCUCCCCAAUGGAGAGACAGAAUCAAGUUAGAGCAAGCACUGAACUUUGUCGAUUAAGUUGAGGCUGUUUCCUAUUUGACUUUUCCCCCUUUUUUGGAAGUUCCUGAAAUGUUAUUCUAGAGAAUUUCUAUGUCAGGUUCCUGCGGACGCCCUUGAAUUCAGUGUAGUAAUAUUUUCGGACUUUUUAUCAAUAAGUGUGUUGAAGCAUACAUUUUACGCUGCUAAUAUGUCUAAAUACAUAUGUUAUCCCUUGAUUUUUUAAAUAAUUGAGAGCUCUAUUUAUUUAUGGGAUUAUUAAGUUCUGAUGAAAAUAUAAAUGUUGAAUUUCAGUUUAGUAAACUGAUGUUUUAAAAUUCCAUAAUUCAUGGCACACUAAUUUUUAAUGUUUUCAAUGAUUGCUGGUUUCCAUCUAUUGAAGAAUUUACCUACUUACAGCUUUAAUGAAAAAUCUUAGUCAUAUCAGUCCAUUGGUUGUCUAGCUUACCCAGGAGUCCUUGGAUAUUUAAUAUAGGAGGGGAAGUGACAAAAGGAGAAAUUACAGGAUUUUGCAGCAAAUAUUUUUAAAUUAAGUAUAUAAAAGUAAACAUUUAAGAAGAACAUUUUCUAACAAAAUUUUAAUAGUAACUACCAAGUCACACCAACAUAACUACAAAAAUGAAAAGUUUCUCUUUGAAAACAUUUUUAUCCAGAAAGUGCAUUCUCUUGGGUAUAACCCUAAACAUUCAAUGGAACAGUGCCUUGUAGUCUUAGCUCACUGAGGACAGGCAAAGGCAAGGCUCUUGCUACCACUUCAGAGUUAACAUCUGUGAAAUGUAAAUGUGUGGGAAACCCUGUUGAGUGUUGGGAGAACACCCAGACAGAUGAUAUUCUCUCAAUCAUUGAUAGUUUUUAAACUAUCCAGUCAGGUCUCAAUUCUUAAAAUUCUUGCCAGUGAGAAGCCAGAGCAGCUGUUUGCCUCUUUUCUGCUCUGCCUGUCUGUCACCUUUUCCCUUGCUCAGGAAGGAGGCAUCUGUUUCUUUGCCAACAGGUACUUCCCAUCUCCCACCAAUCUAAGACAUAGCUAGACCAAGGUACCUCUGAUUUGGAUUUCUGAUAGUGUAAUACACUUCUCUGUAGUUGGAGCUACAUUGACAACAUUGGAAAUGUUACUUAUAGGCCCAUAGUGUACAGGAGAUCAGUGGAGAGUCACAGUGACUCUUAAAUGUGUAAUUAUGGGGUGCUUUUCUCUUGUGAUUAUGAUAAAUAGUAAAUGGCUUUUAUAUUAUACUUUAUCAUACUUCAUCUUUCCUAGAUAGUGAAGGCAGACAUGCAGAUGGAAUGAAUAACAGACCAAAAGGAAAAGCUUUAAAAAAAAAUACUAAUGCUUUUAAGACAGACCAUGACAAAACUUCCUACUUACUUUUUAAAGUCAUUGCCUACAGGUUUUAAGAAUUAUAUGGAAUUUUUACAACUAUGAGAAUAAAUGGAACUGGUCAACUCUUGACAGUUGCAUCAAGUUUCAGUGAAAUGACAUCACGGGUAAGACUGUGUCUGUAUGUUUACCAUUUUCUGGGUAAUAAUGUAUUUGUGCUUACAUCCUAAUUGUUUCUCAGCUUAAACCUAUGUAUCUGAGUUUCCUGUUGGGUAUCUUGACCUGCUUCCAGAGGAACUUUAAUAACCUCAAAACAGAAUUUACUGCCACAUUUAAUGUGUUCUUGUAGGUUGAUGUCAUCAAUGCCUCAUUUCCUAAACUAGAUGCCAUGACACAUCUGGCUCCUUCCUGUUAAAUACAGUGUGACCCCCAAGUUCUGUCAGUUUCUUCUAAACUGGAUCUCCAAUUCUACUCCAGCUCCCCUUGUCGCCUGCCUUCCUGUGACUUCCCUCUCUCUGGGCUUGGUCCUCACACUGGCUCCUGAAUACUCUUGACUAUUAUAAACUUUUUUUUCCACUUUCGUACCCCCAAACUGUAUCAUUUAUAGCCCUUAUAGUUAAGGUAGUUGUGUAACAACCUAAACUGUAGUAUAGUUUCUGGCUAUAGUGAUCUUUAGUGAUCUGACUGUUAAGUGCUAAAGUAACUUCAGUCCUCUCAUCUCAUCUAAUACUCACUUCCCUCCUGCUGCUACAGAUACUAGACUACUUGAUACUCCUUAAAUAGACUAUAUUAUUACAUGGAUUUGCCUUUAAAAUCUGUGUGUGUAUGUGGGUGUGUGUGUUGCACACACUAUGGUCAGGACAGUUUGUAGAGUUCAUUCCUUUCAUCAUGUGCAUUCUGGGAAUCAAAUUCAAGUCAUAUAUAUAUGUACAUCAUAUGUACACAUGGAUACAUGAAGUCAGAAAGCAGUUUGUGUGAGUUGAUUUUCUUUUCACAGUGUUGGUUCCAUUUGGCAUCAGGAGCCAAAAUUUACCCACUGAGCCAUCUUGAACCAGCCCUCCCCCAACUCUUUAAUUCCAUGUGACCUUUAACUGAAAACAGUGUGUAUAUAGUUUAUAAAAUACCUGAGUCAUGUAUACUUGUAUAUAGUUUAAAACUCUGCCAUGUGCUAUGUAAACUUCAUUAUCUUCCUCACAGGUAACAUCUGCUGACAGUUUGGUGUGCACCCUGCAAGAUGCAUUUCCCCCUCCCCCAUUUCCCUGCAUCUGUGUGUGUGUAGAUGCAGGGAAUUAAUGUGCGUCAGCAGCUCUCGUCAUUUCUUUCACCCCAUGUUUAAUCACUCACCAAGUCUUACUGAUUUUAUCUUCUGGAAUCUAACUCCUGGUUUCAAUCUCUGCUGCAGCAAGAUCCAGGCUAUUGUAUCCUUUUUGGGCUUCUCUCCCAGCGGCGCUCAGCAUACUCACUCCCAUCUGCAAUCUGUUCAUUUGCUCAGAGUUGCCCUCUUAGAAUGGCCUAUUUCCUGUUUUUAUGAGUGUACCAAAUGUAUAAGUUCUGGCUCAGGGGCCUCUGAUGGAUUGCCUCUUGUCUUUUUUUUGUUUGUUUGUUUUUUGUUUUGUUUUUCGCCACCCUUACUAUAGCUAGCUUUCCUCUUUAAAAAAAUACUUAUUUAUAUGUAUAUGGGUGUUUGCUUGCAUGUAUGUUUGUACACCGUGUACAUGCCUAGUGCCCAUGGAAACCAGGAGAGAGCCUCAGAUCCAAUCUUCUAUAACUGGAGUUACAGACAGUUGUCAGCUUUCAUGUAGGUGCUGGGAUUUGAACUCAGGUCCUCUGGAAGAGCAGCUUGAGUUCUUAACCUCAAGCUGUCUCUCCAGCCCCCACUUUUACUUUUUAAAUGCCUGGUAUUUGCUUUUAUCUACAUCCUUUUGCCAGGUCAUUUUCCUGCAGUGUAUUAAAGCCUUUCUUUUCCUAAGCUGCUGCUUUUCUAUGGGUGGUAAAUCUUAAGUAAGCUAGGGCUCUAAGAGUUUGUAUGGGUAAUUUACAUCACCAUAGCAACUUCAACCAUUCCUCCUUAGCUCACAUGGACAUCUGCUUCCAAAAACACAUUUUUAAGAUAUUGGUGUUGCCAGUUCAUAAACUUUGACCUAGAGCAAUUAAAAGCGCUUAAAGGUCCAUUUUGUCAUAUCUAAUAAACUUCUGUAGUAUAUUUUCUUUUAUUGUGGCUGUUUAAAAUAUGUAUCGUGAAUGAAAGAAAUCACAGUGGUUACCAAACCUAAGGCUGCUGGAUGCUGGGACCCUUAAGGAUACUUAAAAGUGCUUGCCCUCCAGAAGGACCUGGGUCAGGUUGCCUUCCAGGGAUUCCCAUCGAUCAGUUCAGUCCGUUAUGUAGCCUACCUCAAGAGGCCAUUUGAGAUAGUUGGCAGGAACUGGUAGUCUGAACCUAGUGAAAGACUGGGUUACUUUUUUCCUCUUCAUUUUCUGGAUUAGUAGAUUAGAGAGAGGAAAUUGCAGGGAAGGCAAUGUAACAAUCCGCAGUGGGUAUCAGGAAACAAAGAGUUGCCAUUGGAAAGCAAAACUAGAAAUGUCGAUUUCUUCUAUAAUAGAGCAAAAAGGUUGGCAAUGACACCUGCGGCUAUUGUUUUGCUUUUGCAGUGGUUUGGUGGUGCAGAGGUGUGGAGGAAGACGCUCUCUCUCUCUCUCUCUCUCUCUCUCUCUCUCUAUAUAUAUAUAUAUAUAUAUAUAUAUAUAUAUAUAUAUAGUGUGUGUGUGUGUGUGUGUAUAUAUAUAUAUAUAUAUAUGAUCAGUAGUAAGUGGGCUUUACAUCUGCUCCCUUCAGUCUUCUAGUUAAUGAGGAACAUAGGAUAUUUUCGGGCAGGGUUAGGAGUGAAUUAAAUGAUUAAUAACCUGAGAAUGUGUAAAGGAGAGGCUGAAGAGUGAAUGGGAGGCUAGCCAGGCCACAGUGAAUUCCAUUUGAAUCCACACAAAGAAGUGAGUUGAAUUGACUCGGUUUGGGAAUUAGCUAAGUAGAUACUAGUUAAAGUGGACUGUGACACAAUCAUUCCUUGGAAAGUGCAGUUGAGUGAGAGGCAUUGGGGAUGGUCAGAGGAGUGGAAAGUGAUAUCCCACCUAUUCAUGAUCAAACCUUAUAAUCUGUCACACCAAUGUAUAUGACAACCUGGUCUCAUUGUGGCACUUAUGACAAUAUUUUUUCACAGAUGAUUUCAUUUAGCUAAAAGAACAGCUUCCACCUGAAUUCCACUUACUUGAGAGACAUAUCAUACUGCUCUAGACAGUUUGUUUGUUAACAUUAAGUAAGUUUUUCUGAAAAAAUGAGAUAAUCUUUAUAUAAAAUGUGAUUGAUGAA